CAUAAAGAGAAAUAAAAUAAUAAAAGACAUGAGAGAGAACAGGAAGAAGAAGAAGGAUAAUAGAUCAUACAGAUUGUUGGGCCAUAUAUUUUUGUGUUUGUUUGUUAUUUAACCCUACCUCCUCUCGGUUUUCCCAUUCCCUCGAAGUCCUUUACUUUUUUCGUCUUCCUCUUUUCGUCCAUUUCUCGGGAUCUGAUCUCUCUCUGUGAGAGAGAGAAAAGAGAAGGCGGAGAAGAAGAAGAAGGAGAAGGAGAGUUUUUUUCUUUCUUUUGGCAACUUUGUUUGAUUCUUUGUCCCUCAGUUUCAUAAAGUUUUUGCUAAAAGAGGUGUUGCCCCUAAAAGCUAUCAGAUCUCUGGACAAAGCUCUAUAGAGCUUUGGAUAAGCCUUUCUCAACUCUCAAAACUCCCCCAGGUGGUGGAUCAAUAUGAACUGUAUUCCACAUGUUCCCCCAGGGUUUAGGUUUCACCCAACAGAUGAAGAAUUGGUUGAUUAUUACCUCAGAAAGAAGGUUGGUUCUAAGAGAAUUGAUUUAGAUAUCAUCAAAGAUGUUGACCUUUACAGAAUCGAGCCAUGGGAUCUUCAAGAACUAUGUAAAGUGGCUGGAAGUGAAGAUCAAAAUGAAUGGUAUUUUUUUAGCCACAAAGACAAGAAGUAUCCAACAGGGACUCGAACAAAUCGAGCAACAAAAGCAGGGUUUUGGAAAGCAACAGGAAGAGACAAAGCUAUUUAUGCUCGUCAUUCUUUAGUUGGUAUGAGAAAAACCCUUGUUUUCUAUAAAGGAAGAGCUCCCAAUGGCCAGAAAUCUGAUUGGAUUAUGCAUGAAUAUCGACUUGAAACUAAUGAAAAUGCUACUCCUCAGGAGGAAGGAUGGGUUGUUUGCAGGGUUUUCAAGAAGAGAAUGCCGACAGUGAGAAAAGCUGGCGACUAUGGCUCGCCGUGCUGGUACGACGACCAAGUCUCCUUCAUGCCGGAGCUUGAUUCUCCGACCACCCAAAUCUUUCACCACCCACCUUAUCCUUGCAAACAAGAGCUCGAAUUACACUUCCACGCGCCACUGCACGACCCGGCUUUCCUCCAGCUCCCUCACCUAGAAAGUCCAAAAAUCCCCACAUCUUCCGCUGCCAACUCUCUGCUCCCUUAUACCUACGACCGAGACACCGGCAUCACUCCGCUUUACGGCGUCGAGCAUGCGGUGGAUCACGUGACAGAUUGGAGAGUAAUGGAAAAAUUUGUAGCUUCUCAACUCAGCAAUGAUCAAGAUUUGAAGCAAUCAAACUAUUCUCAUGGAGCUAUUUUUCAAGUGCCACCCAGCUCCGGUAGCACCGCCACCAUGUCGGAGUAUGAACGUAAAGAUAUGGCACCGGAGUUUGCGCUGGCGUCCCCAUCAAGUUGCCAAGUGGAUAUGUGGAAGUGAUCAUCAAAAAGGGAAAUUUCAAAAAAAAAAAAAAUUAUUUUCUACAUGGUGUGUGUUCAAAAGAAGUUUAGAAAAUAUACAAAAUACUAAUUAUAGGAAGGUACAGUUGAAAGGAGAAGUCAAAUAUUAAUGAUAUUAUGAGGUUGCUGUACAUAAUAAAGAAGCAAAAUGGAUGGUAUGCCUUUUUAAUUAACUACUGCUGAGCUUUUAAUGAUGCAAAAAAUAUUGAUUAAUAUAUUAAAUACGAAGAUAUAUAUAAAUAGGGGAAUUGUUAGAAAAGAAAAUAUAUAUUAUUAAAUAGUUAUAUGAAUAAAUUUGACGAGGUUUCUUGUCUCAUGAUAUU